GUGUCGCACGUUGCUCGUGAAACUUUUUUUACGUGGGAAGGAAAUCGGAAAAGAAAGGGAACGAUUACUUUGAUCUUGUGUAUAAACUAACGCAAUAUUCAUAUGAGGAGAUCGGUUUUUGGCCUCUUGCUCGAAUAGAAGGAACGAUUUAGCGGAGAAUUCGAGGCAGGAAAAGUGUUUCCGGCGGAAGGUUGCAUUCAACAACAAAGGAAAUAUUUGACAGCGAGUUACUGUCCGAUCCGUGAAGUAAACAGCAAAAGCUCAAGGCGUCUUUGCUGCCUGGGGACGACAAAGUUGCAGUGACAUCUUACAAUGGCAGCUCCUAGUGAUACUACCUUGGAUACUGAGGAUGGAACCCCAGGUAGCCCCACUCUGCAAUUGCAAUGUAAUGCAACAAGUUCUGCUGAAGAUAUUAAAAAGUUAUUAGCAGAGAAACUGCAGAGGCAACUUACUGAUUUUCCAGUCAGCUUCAAUGGUACAGAGCUGACAACUGUCCAGAGUAUUCUGAAGGAUACAGGUUUGGAAAAUGGAACUCUGGACCAAACUUUAACUUUACUUGUUGUUUUGAAUGAGGAGAAUCGAAGGAUAGAAAUUACCAGUGUUCACACUGCCUCACCAGUUGGUUUGCCACCUCUUCCAGUUGUGGAACCUGAGGUCAAGAUGAACAGUGUUGAAAUUCAAGCUGUCUUUCCGUCAGUACCUACUGCUGAAGAACCUCCUAAGAAACGAAGAAGGUCAUCAGGAUCUACCACAGGGAAAGGCAACACUAAACCUGGUCAACACCCUGCCUCAGUUUCUCAACAAGUUCCGGUCAUCAGUUGCACCAACUCUGAUAAUAGUGUCCAUGGGCAGCAAAUUUCAGUCAUAAAGAAUGGUUUGGAAAAUUCUUCUGGUAAAGAUGAAGCAUCUUUAAUUGGGAUCACCCAAGCACAAGGGUCGUUCUCUCUAAAAGGUUUGGCAGGAAUUGGGUCAGAUCCCCCCACAUUAAUUCUGCAAACAUCAUCUCAGAAUAGCCCAGGAGAAGACAAAUCUCCAUCUGCAGAUGCUGUGAGUGGUGAAGAGGAAGAAAAAGCAAAGAGUAUUGAUGGAAAGACAUGUCCAGGCAACAGAUCAGGUAACAAUGGUCAGAUUCAGCUGUGGCAGUUCUUGUUGGAGCUGUUGACAGACAGAGGCAGUCGGCAUCUGAUCAUGUGGGUUGGAGAGAAUGGAGAGUUUAAACUGAAUGAUCCUGAACAGGUGGCACAACAAUGGGGCAAACGCAAAAACAAACCAGCCAUGAAUUAUGAAAAACUGAGCCGUGCCUUACGGUAUUACUACGAUGGAGACAUGAUUCAUAAGGUUCAUGGGAAGAGGUUUGUAUACAAGUUUGUGUGUGACCUGAAAAACCUGUUGGGCUAUAGUGCAGGAGAGCUGAGUAGACUUGUACUGGAAGCUGAAGAUGCAGGCAGUGACAUGGAGCCUGGGACAAAUGGGGGACAUUAGAUUGGUUUAUAAUCUAGAACAUUGUAGUGUAUUUGUAUACAUUAUGUCUGUAAAUAAGGAGUGAAGAUGGUUUCCAUAGAUUGUAAACAAUUAUGCAGAAACCUUUUUUAGGAAAACAAUGUCCAAUUGGUGGUAAUUUUGGCAUUACAUUUACUCAGCUCUUCAAAGAAGGAUUUUAGAAGCAUUGUAUUGUUUUUUGUUUUUUUUUUUGUAAAUUUCCCCUUCUUGGGGCUUAUAUUGUCAGGGCUGUAUGUACUUGCCAUAGGUGGAUAGAUCCACAAACUGCGUUUCAAACGUUCUUUAAAAGGAAAGAUUUUUUUUUUUUAAUUUCGAUUUUCACCAGUAGUGGCCAGAAUUAAUUGUUAAUAGAUGGUGACUACAUUGUAUAUUUAUUUCAUGCAAGACAAAAAUAGAUAACUUUAAAAAGACUCUGAAGUAAACAAACUGAAGUAUUUACUAAUGUUAAUGUUUGGUAAAUAUGAUGAAUGACACAAUCGUA